AUGACAUUGGUGGUUGGGAUAAGAUUGAUGACUAAGGAUAGGCUUUUAUCUUGGAUUUUGCAAUGUGACCCUAUUUAUGUUCUUUGCCUUACAGCUGCUGAGAGUGUUAGUCACUUGUUCUUUCAGUGUAACUACUCUAAGCAAAUCUGGCAGAGAGUUCUUGAUCUUUUGAGUUGUAGAAGAAAUGUGCAGGACUUCAGUCAUGAAGUUUCCUUGGCCCUCAAAUUUUGCAGGAAGACUAAAGUUGCUGGAAGAUUGUUUAUGAUGUUUUUUGCUGAGGCAGUGUAUGCCAUUUGGAUUCAGAGAAACAACACUGUGUUUAAAGGAUGUUGUUUACCAGCAGAAACUGUUUUUAAAGAUGUUGUGUUUAGAGUUGCCUGCAGAUGUUCUAAUGUUGACAGAAAACUGCUUAUAAUGUAA